GUUUUGUCUCUCUUAAACUUGGUUUUGUUGGUCGACAACAAGUGGCCAAGGAGAAGUUCCAAGACGAAGCAGUGUGCCUACGGGCAGUGGGAGUGCCAACCUCCACACGUCUAUGGCUCCACUGGGUAUGAAUGAUCGGUCACUUAUGCCUAUGACCCGCAGUUAUGGUGGCUUUGGGCCAAUACUGACCCGCACAAUGCUUCUGUUCUUCAGGCUGGCCUGGCGGCUGCACAUCAAUUUCCCCUCUCUCUAUGUCAUGGCUUCUUUGAUGUUCAAUGUACGCAUGCAAGUUCAUAUUGAACUGCUCUGAAGGCCGUCACUUAACCAAAGGAAUCAAACCAGGCUCACCACAUCAAAGACCGUAAUACCUGAUUGGUACAAAGAACUUGAACAUCAGCCUGGCAAGGGUAAAUAGGUCCAGAGGAGAUGGAAUUAACAAGCCAUUAUUCAAUCUUAAGGAAGUAACACUGAAGCAAAGUCGUUGCCCAGCAGAAUUGCUUUUCUGGAUGAAUCGGCCUUCAGUUGAAAGAAAAACAAAGACUAUCUCUAUUUUCUGUGCUUUGGAAGAUGUUCAUGCUGAGGAGUCCCGUGACUUUGGUGAUAUUUUAGAAAGAAUCUGUCCAGAGAAAGGCCUCACAAAGCUAGACAGCCAUGGCAGGCAGAGCCUCAAGGGUGAACCAGAGUGUCAGAAUGACCAGACAAAACAAAAUCUUAAGAAAUGUGAAGAUUUAAGUAUUUAUCUAGAUGGGCCAGAUGCUGAAUUAGAACAUCCUUGUCUGCUUUGUGAGGUGUUUACAAUGGCCUAUACUGAUCUUAAAGUUCUGAAAGAUGAGACAACACAUGAACUUAUUUUAUUUGUGAUCAUUUAAAGUCCGUGAUUUGAGGGCAAGCAAUAAAAUACAAAAAAUAAUAACAACGGAUAAUACUGGGGUUUCUGGAUGUUUUUACCUUCCUUAUGAGCAAUCUCUUCUGUGUAGUUGAGGAACGAGGAAAAGAAUAAA